CUCUUGAAGAAGAAACCAAUGCAACCGUGAAGGUCAAACUCAAACCUAACUCGUCUUCCUUCACUCCGUCCCCUCUCUCAGCCCCCAACUCUCACCUAACCAAAAAAACCCAGCGCUUUCUCUGCAUUUCCUCUCAUAUAGUGAAGAUCCCAAAGCAAGUUCUCUCCUUCUCUCUCUCCCUCUCUCUCUGAGGCUUGGUCUGAGAGAACGAACGAGUCGGAGAAGAACAAGUUAAUGGCGAUUAGUGCUACUUUCAAUCCGUCGACAUGCUCUGUUGGCUUCGCUAAGUUCAGUCACCACCGUUCAUCAUUUGCUUCUCCUUCCUCUCUUGGCCGCAUCGCUGCUUCCAAAACCUCAAUCUCCACCUCCCCGCUGAAAUGGCAGGCGAAGCAGAGGAGGAAUACCGUGAUCGUGCUCUUUUCCGGCGGAGGCGGUAGCAGUAGUGGAAAUGGUGGAAAAUAUAGUGGUGGGGGAGGUGGUGGUGGUGGUGAUGAAGGAGAGGAAGCCGGCGAUAAGAACAAGGGGGAGGCGAUUCUGGCGCUUGCAGAGGUAGGGAGGUCUUUGGAUAGUAUACCUUCGGAUCUGGCUUCGGCGAUUGAGAAUGGGCGGAUUCCUGGAUCGAUUGUACACCGUUAUUUUGAGUUGGAGAAGUCGCCACUUUUCCGGUGGUUGCUUCAGUUCGGGGGGUUUAAGGAGCGGCUUCUGGCAGAUGAUCUAUUCCUUGCUAAAGUGUUCAUGGAGUGCGGCGUUGGCAUCUUCACUAAGACUGCUGCAGAGUGGGAACGACGGAGAGAAAAUUUUGUCAAAGAGCUGGAUUUUGUUUUGGCCGAUGUGGUAAAGUUAUUCGCCCUCUCCUCAGGCGCAGAAUAAAGAAAAUAAAGUAGAACUUUGUGUGGUUUUUCUCCUAAAUAUAAUAUAACUUCAUGUGAUAUUCCUCCCUUUCUUGUUUUUUCUCCCUUGUGAUUUUCUGGUAAUGUAGAGUAAACUUGGUCUGUUUAUGGUUAAGACGCAAGAUAGUCACUCAGCACAUGAUCAGGGGUUGGUAGGAUGCAUCUCACUAUAACCACUCCCCCAAAGAAUGUUAGAUUAGGCAACAAGAUGCCAACAAUUUAUUUAACUUCUAUAUCAAUAGCUUUCUGAAUAUAUAUUCUUAAAGGUGUUUCCCUAAUGGAAAAAGGUUAGUAAGUUGAGCUCAGGGAAAGUUGUACCCCACUAUAUACCCAUUAUUUAUAUGUAAUGUCUUGGGGCAAGUUUAUGUAUAAAUGGAAUUAGAGGCUAGGGUUUGUAAGGAUUUCAUUUAGCCCAUGUUGCCUCUUUGGAGAACCCAGGGGCUAUGGGAGAUUGUAAAGCCUUCAGCUAAGCAAUCACCAUGUAAGAGAUGAGCUGGAGCAUCAAGGGAGAAAGGGAGGGUGGUUUUUGUUAAAGAAGUUUGGUCUUUUUGGGGAUCUAGAAGAUACCAGAGAAGAAAACCCACAAGUCUGAGUAGCUGAGUGUUACUGAAAGCAACCCCCCUGACUCCCGAGUGAAGUAAGGAACCUCAAUUGAGGUUCCAAACUGAAUGCCUUCAUGGACUUAUCAGUUUGUGUUCCUAAGAGUUGUCAUUAAGUGUCUAUUCUUGUUGAGAGCUAGGAAGUCCUGGCAUGCUCGCUAGUAGCAACGAAGUCUGGCUUACAUGUUCCCCGGUGAGGAAGUGUAGGCAUACUUUUCCCUCACACCAUAAAAAUGUUUCAGGGAAUGAGUAUGGCACCAAUGACUGAGGGACCACAUGUGUGUUUUCCUGUAUCAGGUGAGAGGGGCCCGAGUGGGUAAGGAUGCUUGCUUGGUGCACCUCAGUUGAAGUCUCUGCAACUGGAAAACUGCCUGUAAAUUCCUAACAAAGACAGGAAUAGGGUAAGGGCAAAUUGACAUUGUGACUGCACAGUGCACAUGCUGCAUGGCACCUCAUCGCUGCUGCUAGAUUCUCUUCUAGGAAGCUAUUGCCAAGGAUUUUGAGUUGAGUUGAGUGGUACCGUAGUACUGUAUUUGAAGCCUUAAAACUGGCAAAGAGAACGCAUAAUUUCUUUUCAAUUGGUGAGGAAGUUGUAGUAUAUAUCCCAAAUAUAAAACAUGGGAUUGAAAAGUAUUGGACAUGCUGCCAAAUGAAACAAACCCCAUAAGUGAAUAUAUGGGUAUACAUUUGGCCUAUUUCCCCAAGGAAUGGAAGACCAUUUGUCCCUGAAAUGAAGUCUGUUGCUGCCAAAAAUCCGUAUGAGCUGA